AUGAUGAACACCAUGCCAGCUAUGGACCGUCAUCUCCAUAACCUUUCACAAUUCGACUUCACCCAUCAAGCCCGUUUUCACUCUAGCCUGAUGUACAAUCGCGCUCCCCCACCUGGAAGCCUCAUCAUGCCUACCCCACUACAAUUUUCGCCGAACCCUCACCAACAGGCCCAUACCCACCACCACAACAUCCACCACCCCCAGCAGCACCACCACCACCACCACCACCAGCAGGCGCAGCAACAGCAGGAUCAGCAUGCGGUUCUCAUGAACUCAAGUCCCAAACAGCAGCAACACCUCAUGCCUACACCUACAUCUGAGUUGGGCAACCAGUUUGAUGAACAACCACAGAACAUGGAAGGUUUCCCCACAGCCGCCGAAUUCGAGAACCUUCUGAACGAAUACAUCCUCUCGCUUUCCCCCAAGAAAAGAGACAAGGCUCUCAUUCCCCAGAAACGCUACGAAAACAUCCGCGCCGUUCUGCGCGACCCCAAAUGCACCACAAUUGAGUCCGCUCAGUUCAGAUUUUGGGCCAAGAAGAUGUUCCGUCUGGUGCAGCAGGAGGAUGGCUACAAUGACGUUGUUUGCCACGAGGGCAAGCCGGUUGCCGUGCGGGAAGACCUGUACCACGUCUUGACAACCUCUCACGGACAGGCGCAGCACGGUGGACGUGAUAAGACCUCUGCUCAGGUCCGAAAGAACUACUCAUGGGUACCAAAGGAACUCAUUGCACGUUUUGUGCGCAACUGCCCUAGCUGCACUCUCCGCCGUAGCAGCCCCCUCGAGUUCUCUGCUGCUAGCAACGCGAAUCGCAUGAGCCAGCAGACGAUGGAAUCUUGUGCACCUUAUCUCACUAGCCCAGCCAGUUCCACCGGGAGCCCUCCUCAGAGGCACGUCAUGAACUCGCCUUCAAACAGCAGCACCUCUUCAAUGAGCCAGUUCCAGCAGGUGGUUUCCUCAGCUGCCUCUUCACCUCUUAAUGCCCCGUCAAGCCAGGACAGCUACGGAUAUUCAUUUCCUUCGGUAGUAAAUAUGCCAUUGGACCCGCGCAUGUACACAACACCCAGUCCUAACGACCUCACGAACUGA